CAUCAAAAUAAAAGUUUCCCAACUUUUGUUUGUUUUUGGAGUUAUAACCUCAAACGUCAGUGGUAUAAGUCAUGUGUAAAUAGAAGCAAGAAAAUCAGUGAAACCCUCCUGGAAAAUGGUUUUACCACUGAAAAAUUCCUUCAGCGCGCGCACAAAUGGUCACUACAACUAUCGCAACUUCUUCAUUUUAUUCCUAUUCAUCAUAAUCUUCUAUAUUGUCAUUGUAAUUGUCUACAAUGUGAAGUCUGAUGUGAAUAGAACUUAUGAGAAGGUGCAACUCAAAGGAUUGUAUUCCCUGCCUCAGUAUACGAUCAAGGAUGACACACUGCCUUCAAGACCCGUGAAUAGAAAGUGCACAUAUUGGGAUUGCUUUAAUUUGUACAGAUGUGGCCAUACAGGACAUGACAGGAUAACAGUUUACAUUUAUCCACUAAAAAACUAUAUAUCCAGUGAUGGGGCACAAACAACAAAAGUGAUUUCACAGGAAUAUUACAAGAUUCUACAGGCAUUACUGGAGUCAAAGUAUUAUACUUCUAAUCCAAAUGAGGCUUGCUUGUUUGUUCCAUCAAUUGAUACACUUAAUCAGGAGAAUAUUGACUUGAACUUUACCAAUAAAGUUUUACAAAACUUACCAUUUUGGUAUCAUGGUGAGAACCAUUUAAUUUUUAAUAUGAUCUCUGGUUCUGCGCCCAAUUUUGAAUCUCUGCUUGAGUUGAAUAUGGGAAAUGCGUUGGUUGCCGGCGCAGAUUUUGAUUCAUUUACAAUCCGGACUGGAUUCGAUAUUCCAAUCCCUGUCUACAGUCCAGUUAGCCAUCUUGUUGAUGAUAACAAUUCGGAUAAAUCACAUAUUAAUCGCCGUCACAAGUUAACUUCAUCACAAUUAAAUAUUGAUGCUCUCUACUUCCAAGGCCUGGAACAGCUUCAGAAUACUCAUCAAGAUUUGCUACUGCUUGACGCCUGUUUCAAUCAUAAUUAUACGAAACGUUGCGAUGUAAACACUCAGCAUGUAUAUGAUUAUCCACAGGUUUUACAGGAGAGUGUUUACUGCACUCUCUUUCGCGGUGAAAGGAACGGACAGUUUGCAUUGCUGGAAAUCAUGGCGGCCGGAUGUAUUCCGGUGGUCAUUAUGGACAGUCCAGUUUUGCCGUUUAGUAAUGUUAUUGACUGGAAGAGAGCGGCUGUUUUCAUACCAGAGGAUUAUAUUUAUUCAACAAUGGAUACGCUAUCAAAAAUUUCGGCUGAAAAAGUAAAACAUAUGCGAAAACAAGUUAAAUUCUUAUAUAAGAAGUAUUUUGCUUCAAUUGAGUUGAUUGUUGGGACUACUUUAGAUGUUAUUCAAGAUAGAGUGUUCCCACAGUGGGGCAGGACGUAUGAUGAUUGGAAUUUACGUCCUGAAGAAUGUAUGAAAAAUCCGCUAUUUCUACCAAUAACAGCACCGAAAUCACAAGGAUUUACUGCGGUCAUCCUCACAUAUGACAGAGUUGAAAGUUUGUUCUUGUUAAUUGAAAAACUAUCAAAAGUGCCCAGUUUAACUAAAGUUGUAGUCGUUUGGAAUCAUCAGAGAAAGGCACCACCUUCGUUAUCGAGAUUCCCACAAAUUUCUCAACCAAUAAAUCUCAUUAAAACCAAAGCUAAUAAAUUAUCAAACCGGUUCAUCCCGUACGAAGAGAUCGAAACAGAAGCGAUUCUUUCAAUUGAUGACGAUAUUGUCAUGCUAACAUCUGAUGAGUUAGAAUUUGGUUUUGAAGUCUGGCGGGAAUUUCCUGAUAGAAUUGUCGGAUUUCCAUCAAGAACGCACGUCUGGGAUAAUGGCACUGGCACGUGGAAGUACGAAUCGGAAUGGACCAACGAAAUUUCAAUGGUGUUAACUGGUGCGGCUUUUUAUCACAAGUACUGGAAUUAUUUGUACACGACUUCUAUGCCGAGUGAAGUCAAAGAUUGGGUUGAUGAGCACAUGAAUUGUGAAGACAUUGCGAUGAAUUUCUUAAUUGCAAAUGUUACUAAUAAACCACCAAUAAAGGUUGCUCCAAGGAAGAAAUUUAAAUGUCCCGAAUGUACGAACAACGAAAUGUUAUCUGCUGACAUGGGGCACAUGGUGGAGCGUUCGCAAUGCGUCGACAGAUUUGCGAAAGCUUUCGGUAGGAUGCCAUUGAAGACUGUUGAGUUUCGGGCUGAUCCUGUGCUGUACAAGGAUCCGUUCCCGGAGAAGUUGAAACGCUUUAAUAAUAUUGGUAGCUUGUAAAUUUUGUUGACUUCUAAUGUGAUAAUUAGCAUUUAGUACACGACUACGUACAUAAUUGUAUUCAUAUCAUUAUAUUUGUGUAUACUUUUGUUAUAAUCAACUUGUAAUCAAAUAUCUAAUGGACUUAUUAGUUGUGUAGACUUUCAACUUUGAACUGUUUUGAUACCAAAUGUAUAAGUGUAUAAUAUGUUAUAAUAAAAUGACUAAGAACUUAA